AUGUCUGUACCAAGAUUCCAAAAACUAAACUAUGGGUCAUAUGAUAAUUACAUCCCAGUCAGUGAAUUAAGCAAAAAAUCAUGGAAUCAGCAACACUUUUCCCUGGCAUUUCCCAAACCACAGCGGCCAGGAAAAAAAGUGAGAUCAAGACCUUCCCAACUACAAGACAAGGCAGCUUUAAAACCUGAUGAAGACAAAUUAAAGGGAGGUUCUCAACGACCAUUAUGGAUGCACCGUUCUUUAAUGCUAAUUUCGGAAAGACCAUCUGUCUAUUUAGCUGCCAGGCGGCGGCCUCCAACUCGUGGCCCAACUGUAGCAGCAGCUAAAGACAAGAAGGAUGCAUCAGAGUCAGAAACUGAAUCCGCAGUUUCACAUGAGCCCAAAAUAACUAGGAAAGAUUCAAAAAAAGACAAGCCUUUAGAAACAAAAACAUCAGGUAUCAAAAAAGAGACAAGGUCAAUAAAGAUCAAGGACUCAACUACAGAAUCAGAAGCUGAAAAGGGAGACACAAAGAAAGAUUCAAAAAAAGAUAAGAAAGGCUCAAAGAAGGGCAAGGGGUCAGAUGCAGAGUCAGAAGAGGUAAAAGGAGAACUGAAGAAAGGUUCAAAAAAAGAAAAGAAAGGUACAAAGAAGGGCAAGGUGUUGGAUGCAGAAUCAGAAGAGGAAAAAGGAGAACUGAAGAAAGAUUCAAAAAAAGAAAAGAAAAGUACAAAGAAGGGCAAGGAGUUAGUAGUUGAAGAACCAGGAAAGGAAAAAGAAUUGCUGAAGAGAAGUUCCAAAAAAGAUAGGGGUUCAAAGAAGCACAAGGAGCCAACUGAAGAACCUGGAGAUGAAACAACAGAUGCAAAGAGAUCCAGUGACAAAGAGGAUGAAUCAAAAGACAAGAAAGAAAGCAAGAAAGAAGGCAAGAAAGAUAAAAAGAAAGAAAGCAAGAAAGAAAGCAAGAAAGAAGGCAAAGAAGGCGAGAAAGAUGCCAAGGGAGAGACUGAGACAGAAUCUGCUGAUGCAAAAAAGGAGGGAAAGAAGGGCAAGUAG